AUUGACGUCACGACACCAUAGAAAUUUAAUCUGUAAACUGAUCUGGUUCAGGCACAGCUUGCAUCGAAUCGCGUCUCGAGUUGGUUGAUAGUUUCUUCAAAACGCUUUUCAAAAUGAACGUUUUGGUAGUUUUAGCUGGAUUUGGAAUUUUAACAUUAUGUCAUUGUCUUGCUGACAUACCGCCGUAUUGUGGCGCUGAGAUGAAGGAAUAUGUGGCAGUCAAAGAGGGCACCUUGCGUCAAGUUCACAUGAUUACAAGACAUGGAGACCGAAUUCAAGCCAAUGCUGGUGAAUGUUGGAAAGGCGAUACUUAUACAUGGGAUUGCCUUCUUACUGAGGCUGUUACACCCACCAUAAAUCGUGCUCAACAAUAUCUACGCGUCGAGAGGUUGUAUAGAAAAGUCUACUAUACCGGACGUGAAGAAAUUCCUGGAAAUUGUGCUCUGGGGCAACUGACGAGUAUUGGCUUCCACCAACAUUUAAGACUUGGAGAGAAAAUAAGAAGUAUCUACGUUAAAAGCGGAUUUCUUUCACCAAACUUCUCCUCCGUUGAACAUCGUGUUCGUAGCACUGUUGUGUAUGUUCCUCCAUUCCAACCAGUAGAAGGACGACCUGGAAUCAUGGACAUUAACACAAUGGAUGGAACUUAUGAAAACAUGUACCCUAACCCAAAACUUUGUCCCAAAAGCCAAGAAUACUUAACAGCCUUUUUCGAGUCAGCUAGUUUCGUGCGACACUAUGAAACCGUCAGUUUCCCGUUGGUAAAGGAGCUUCGAAUUGCUCUUCGUGACCCUAGUUUUAACUACCAAGAUAUUUUCAAGUUGUUUGAUUGUCUGAAUGUCUACAAAUGUCACAAGAUCGAUACGCCAUCAGCAAUUACACCAGAAUUGUACCAAAGGAUUGUGGAUGAAGCAACUUACGUGUUCUAUAAUAUGUACUCCUACCCAACCAUACAGGAAGCUUCCAAAGUUGGAAUUGGAUUCUUCAUUAAAGAGCUCGACAAAGAAAUUGCUAUGUUGAUGAGUGGCGAGUCCAAAUUUAGAUUCAUUUUGUAUUCUGGCCAUGAUAUCACCCUCAUGACUUUAUUGUUGGCCUUCAACAUCAGUGAUGGCGUAUGGCCACCGUAUGCAUCACAGUUUGUAGUUGAAAUCUACGAAAUGGAUAACAAAGAAUUUUAUUUGAGGAUUCUUUACAAUGGAAAGGCGAUGAAACUACCCUUCUGUAACGAUCAAGAAUUGUGUGACAUUGUUAAAGUUGUGAAACCGUACAUUGACAACUUUGAACCGGAGAGCGUUGAAAAAAAUUGCAAAUCCAGCGAAAAGAAAAUAUGAACUUUUAUACUUCUAAACUGGGGACUUCGAAAACGAAAUGAUUAAUGGACGAACUAUUAGUUGAUUUUACAAAAGAUGAUUCAAAAUUAUACUAAUUUUUCUCGGGAAAAUAAAAGGAAUUAAACUCAUUUAAAA